AAAGCCUAGUGAACAAAAUAACGGGCUAAAACAAAUAACGUCAUCUACCACAGAAUCCACCCCUCAUUAAGACAAGUAAAACAUUCCAGAGACCAUCAGCGACGCCGUCUCCGUCACUCUCCGCCGCCACCGUCACCACCGCCACCGCCACCGAAGGACUCUUGACUUUUAAAUGGGUGCUGAACAACCUGUUGUUGAGGGAGGAAGUGAAGCAGAAGCUGAAGUGAGAGAAGGAAAUGGAAACAAGGAGGAAAAGGAAGAAGAGGCUAAGGAUUUGGAAAAAGGUAAAGUGGAUUUCGAAGAGAGAGAUAUUCAGACCAAUUAUAAUAAUGUCGAAAAUCGUCAUGCUCAUGAAGAAUUUCAGCACUCGAUGUUUCAUAGAUUGAACCCCACGAACCCUUUGAGGAUUGUAAUUAACAGCAAUACCAGAGUUGCAUCUCCUGCUGCUGCUGCUGCUGCUGCUGCUCCUGCUCCUCCUCAUCCUCAUCCACCUCCUCCUCCUCCUCCUGAAUCUCAGCCUCGCUCUGUUCCAACCCUGCAGCCACAGCGACCCGUGACAUUGAAUUCGAGAAGAUACACCAACAGAAUAUCCCUGUUUCUCUUCCUUCUCCACUUCUUUUUGGCUGUUGUUCUGGUUUGCUUUCUUAUUUUCAAGGGAAUCCAAGGGCUAAUCCAAGCACCAGGUUCUAUCAGAAGGAAAGAGAAAAGGGUUUUAAAGUUCUUUCUGCCACAAGUGGAAGCUGCAUGCCUUAUUAGCAUCACUCUAGCAUUUAUAUGGCAGAAAGCAAUAAGGAAGUGGCCAACUUUUAUGGUUCAUUUCAUACUCUGGUGCUCGUUUCUGAUGUCUCUUGCAGCUGGAGUCCUUCUUCUUUGCUUCCAGAGACCUUCCACUAAUGGUGUUGGAGUUUGUUUGAUUGCUUUUUCAAUAGGCAAUGGCUUGUAUGCCUGUUGGGUUUACAAUAGAAUUAAGUUUUGUUGUAAGAUCUUGAGCCUAUCUCUUCUGCCAGUAGCAAAAUUCCCAGAUUUGAAUUAUCCCACUUACUGUGUGCUUGGUGCUUCAUUCCUCUGGAUGACUCUGUGGACUGUAGCUGUGAUGGGAGCCUUGAAUUUUUAUGUUCCUCCGUUGAUUAUAAUGGUGUUGAUGUUGAGCUUGGCUUGGACUAUAGAGGUCUUCAGGAAUGUUGUUAACAUCACUGUUAGUAGGGUAAUUGCCUUGUAUUAUCUCAGAGGGAUGCAAUCAAGCACUAAGUUUUGCUUUCUCAGAGCAUUAACAAGGAAUCUUGGAAGCGCUUGUUUAGGCUCUCUCUUUGUUCCAACAAUCGAAGCUCUCAGAAUCGUUGCCCGGGGUUUAAAUUUGCUUGAAGGAGAGGAUGAGUUCAUGUUUUGUUGUGCUCAUUGUUGUCUCAGAGUUAUGGAGUCCAUUUUCAGAAAUGGUAAUGGCUGGGCCUAUGUACAGAUAGCAGCGUAUGGGAAAGGAUUUGUGAUGGCAUCUCAAGACACGUGGGCCCUCUUUCGGAAAGAAAAAAUGGAACAAGUUGUGGAUUCUGAUAUAACAAGCUCAAUCUGCUUCCUCUCAGGAGUUUGCAGUGGCUCCAUAUGUGUCAUUGUGGUGGCUGCUUGGACUGCCAAAGUUCACCAAAGUUUCACAGCUACCCUUUCCGUUCUUACUUUCUUCGUUGGAUACCUUUUGACAAGGAUUGCCAUGGCAGUGCCUCAUGCUUGUGUGAGUUGUUACUAUGUAUGCUAUGCAGAGAACCCAGAGAACAGACUGUUUGAUAAAACAAUCAAGGACCGUCUCAACUUGUUAGAAACUAACAAGGAAGUCGCCGUGAGAACACCGCGAGUACCGCUCUAGAGUUCAAGGGCUUAGUCAGAGGAGAAGGAGGAGGAGGAGGAGGAGGCUUCAAGGGGUUCCAUAAUCCUGACCUACCGAACCAUCAACUUGGUUGAAGUCUGAGAAGAAUCCUUGAUGGCUUGAGGAGGUGGUUAUGGUGGGAAUGAUCUAAAUUGAUGAAAAAUAAAUAAUAAAAAGAGUUGAGCCAUUAAUGGAGUUUUGAAUUGGAAGGAAUGUGGUGAGUAAUGAAAUUUCUGAAUCAAUGAACAAGGCCACUAAGAGGCAAAGUGUCUUUGUGGUGGCGCGCGGUGGCCAUGUACUAUGUAUAUUCUGCUUUUGUUUGUUGGAUAUUCCCUAUAAGGUGAAAUCCCACAAUUUUUUUGUUCUCAGAAA